GUAAUACGUUCACUGUGCCCCCGACAACAUACUGGGGUAACCUGACUGUUACCAACAUAUCCCUUCCUGAUGCCGAGAUGCAAACCCAGCAGUACGUCGCAAAAGAUUGUUAUGACACCGAGGGUCAUCUUCCCAGCAACAACUCGGCUAUGCUCUGGAUGCCGCCUCCUUUCACAAUCUCUGAUACCAAAAACAAUUUGGUAGCCAUUGGUUGUGAUACUAACGUAAUUUUCGAAGGUUACCGAAAUGAAACCAUGUUUGCCACUGGGUGCACGGCCUGGUGCGAUGGCCUUGGCAGCGUUGAUCAGGACUCUUGCUCUGGCGCUGGUUGUUGUGAAACUAAGAUCCCCAGUGGCCUGUACAAUCAAACAGUCAAAUUGUCCAGCUAUUACAAUUAUUCAUUUGUAAAGGACGUCAACAAGUGCAGCUAUGCCUUCGUUGUGGAGCAAGACCAGUUCAAAUUCUCCAAAAAAAGUUUUCAAGAGCUGAGCACAAAAGAGAAGCUUCCAAUGGUUGUUAAUUGGGCAAUUGGGAAUGAGCCAGAACCUUGUGAUGCAGCUCGAAAGAGACCGCAUUAUGCAUGCAAGACGAAUACCACAUGUGCCAACCGCCCCAAUCAGUCUGGUUACAUUUGCCGAUGUUUGGAAGGUUACCACGGAAACCCGUACCACCCAAAUGGUUGCCAAGAUAUUGAUGAAUGCGCCAGAAAAAACCCCUGCACCAAUGGAAAGUGCAUGAAUUCACCUGGAAAUUACUCUUGUUCAUGUAAUAAAGGAUUCAAAAACCAAGACCCCAGGACCUGCGUCAAACAUUCCGCAGCAGACAACACAACCAAUAAAGUUUUAUUCGCUGUUGUUGGGAGCUUCAGUUUUUUACUGGCGGUGGUAGUUUCAUUGAUGCACUACAUGAAGAGAAGGAAGGUCAGUAAACUUAAAAAAGAACACUUUGAGCGAAAUGGUGGCUUAUUUUUACAAAACCAACUGAAGAGGUACAAUGGACGUGCUGAUACACCCAGACUCUUUACGGAUAAAGAACUUCAGAAAGUCACAAACAACUACCAUGAAGAUAGAAUAAUUGGUGAAGGGACCUAUGGGAUCGUAUACAAAGGAAUACUGGAAGAUGAAAAAGUGGUUGCCAUAAAACAAUCCAAACUUCCUACUAGCCCAGGCCAGAGUAAUCAGCUUGUGCAUGAGGUGAUUGUUGUUGCUCAAAUCAACCAUAAAAAUGUUGUGAAGCUCCUGGGUUGUUGUUUAGAGACCCAAAGGCCUUCACUGGUUUACGAGUACGUCUCCAACGGCACUCUUUACGAUCACAUUCAUAAAAAAGGCGGCAGAUUCCGACCGCUUUCAUUGGCGUUACGACUGAAGAUAGCCUCUGAAACUGCACAAGCACUAUCAUAUUUGCACUACUCCAGUCGCACACCAAUUAUACAUAGAGAUGUGAAAGCGACGAAUAUAUUGUUAGACGAGAAUUAUGUGGCCAAAGUUUCCGACUUUGGAGCUUCAAAAUUGGUUCCUGAAGAUCAAAAUCAAGUAUCAACUCUGGUGCAAGGAACAAUGGGAUACUUGGAUCCCAAAUAUCUCCAGUCAAACACACUGACAGAAAAGAGCGAUGUCUAUAGCUUUGGAGUUGUCCUGGCGGAGCUGUUGACAAGCCAAAAGGCUCUUUCUUUUCAGAAGCCAGAGGCGGGGAGAAACCUAGCAAACUUGUUUGUUUCUUUAGUGAAACAGGGUCGCUUGGAUCGAAUCCUUGAUGCUGAAAUAGUAAUGGAGGGGCAAUUCGAGACGGUCGACAAAGUGGUUGAUCUGGCAAAGAGAUGUUUAAGCUUAAGAGGGGUUGAAAGGCCUAGUAUGAAGCAAGUAGCCAUGGAGCUGGAAGAGAUCAUAAGCAAGGGAAGGCAUCCAGCUGCGGGGAAGGCUAAUUACUUUACAUCUCCCAAAGACACCGACCACUUACUUGGAUCACCUGUUUACAUUGUUGAUCUUGAAGGGAAUGAUGGUGGUUCUAGUGGCAUUAUAACCAGUGCAGACUACGACAAAAGCCUACCAACUCAAAUCCAAAUGAAUAAGCAUUACGAUAAUGGGCGAUAAUUAUUAGUAUGUGACUUGUUCCUUCUUCACACCCCCAAUGGAUGCACUGCUGAAUGAGUUUGUUUUAGUUUUGAGGUGUAAGUUAGAAAGUUGCCAGCAUACUUUUGUAGUUUGGAUCGUAACAUUAUGUACGUUUUCUUUUCGAUGAAAUAAAGUGUAUAUUCAUGUUGUG